AUGGAUAGUAUAGAAGAACCACAGAAAAAAGUCUUUAAGGCUCGAAAAACAAUGAGAGUGAGUGAUCGUCAACAACUGGAUGCAGUGUACAAGGUCAAAGAAGAACUGUUGAAAACUGAUGUCAAGCUUUUAAAUGGCAAUCAUGAAAAUGGAGAUGUGGACCCAACCUCACCUUUGGAGAAUAUGGAUUAUAUUAAUGACAAGGAUGAGGUGAAUGGCCUUGAAGAACUUUGUUUUAAUCCUGAGAAAAGUAAAUCAGAAUGGAAAGAAACACCUUGUAUCUUAAAUGUAAAUGUAAAAAACAAUCAGGAUGAUGAUUUAAAGCAUGAAUCUUUGUCUCCUAGUAGUAAAACUUCUGAACUAAACUCUAAAGUGACCACUGAACCUGCUCCUGGUGAUCUACCUUUAGGUGAUUUGGUUACUGGAGAUCUGCCAGACUCUGGAGAUGUGGUCUCUGAUGAUCCCACCUCUAGUGUUAUCACCUCUAGUGAUCCCACCUCUGGUGAUGCCACUUCUGGUGUUCCAACCUCUGAUGAGCCUGCCUCUGUUGAUCCUGCCUCUGGUGAUCCUGCUUCUGGUGAAACGGUCUCUGAUAAGCAGGUCUUUACUGAAAACUCAGAUAUGGCUGCAGGUCAACACUCCAUUGAGCUGAUGUCUGGGGAGCCAGUCUCUGGUGAACCGGUCUCCAGUGAACCAGUUCAUGAUGAACUGGUUUCCAAUGAUCCAGUCUCUGAUAAUUCAGCUUCUGAUGACCUAGCCUCUGGAACACUGGCUUCUGAUGAUGCAGCUUCUGGUGAUCUGGCUUCUGGUGGUCCAGCCUGCGAUGAUCUGACCUCUGGUGAUCAGGUCUCUGGUGAUCUGGCCUCUGGUGAUCUGAUCUCUGAUGAACCAACUGCUGAUAAACCAACUUCUGAGUCAGCCUUUGAUUCCACUUUUGAACCAAGUUCUGUACCAGAUAGUGUGCCAGUUCCUGACACUGACAGUACAGAACCUAGUAGCAAUAAAGGUGAUGAUUUUCUUGAACAAAAUGGGGAUGAUGAAAAGUUAGAUGAAAUUUUCUCAUUUGAUGAGAGUAAAAAAGUUGAUAGUGAUACUGAUGCUGCUGAAGAAACUCUAGAAGCAGGUGAUACAAUUGUUUGUUCAGCUCCACCUCCUGAAAAUGAAAAGGUAGAGGAAGAUGCUGUCACAGAACCUGUUUCUGGAGAGGAGGAUAUAUCUAGCAGUAUGGAAAUUGACCAAAGUGAAAAGAAUGAAGGUGAAAAUUCUACAGACCUUGCAGAAACCAUUAGUGAAAAUGUUUUAAAAGAUGACAAAAAUGAGAAUAUAUUAGAAAAUACAGAUUCUAUGGAGACAGAUGAAAUUAUUCCUAUUUUGGAAAAGCUUGCACCUGCUGAAGAUGAACUUACUUGCUUUUCUAAAACUUGUCUUCUUCCAAUUGAUGAAACAAAUCCAGAUUUGGAAGAGAAGAUGGAAAGUUCUUUUGGUUCACCAUCUAAACAAGAAAGUAGUGAGAGUUUGCCAAAAGAAGCCUUUUUGGUCCUCUCUGAUGAAGAGGAUAUUUCAGGUGAAAAAGAUGAGUCUGAAGCUAUGUCACAAAAUGAGUCAUGCUCUCCAGAGAUACAAAAUAAUGAAAAGAACAAGAAAUUAGACGAAGAAGAGCAAAUAAUACAUGAAGAUGAAAGACCGUCUAAGAAAAUUGAAUAUUCCAGAAGAAAACGUUCUAAAUCUGAGGACAUGGACAAUGUACAGUCCAAACGCCGUCGAUAUAUGGAAGAAGAAUAUGAGGCAGAAUUUCAAGUAAAGAUUACAGCCAAAGGAGAUAUUAAUCAGAAGCUACAAAAGGUUGUACAGUGGUUGCUGGAAGAAAAAUUGCGUGCACUACAGUGUGCUGUGUUUGAUAAGACUUUGGCAGAAUUGAAAACACGAGUGGAAAAGAUUGAAUGUAAUAAGAGGCAUAAAACAGUUCUUACUGAACUACAGGCCAAGAUAGCCAGGUUAACCAAACGCUUUGGAGCAGCCAAAGAAGAUCUUAAGAAAAGACAAGAAAAUCCACCAAAUCCACCUGUACCUGUAUCACCAGGAAAGCCUGUAGUUGAAGUCACCAGCAAUAAUAAUGUUCCCUAUAGAAAUGCAGGUACAGUGAGACAGUUGCUGGAGUCCAAAAGAAAUGUAAGCGAGAGUACACCACCAUCCAUUCAAACCCCUGUGAAUACAGUGUCUUCAACCAAUCUCAUCACUCCUCCAACAGUUGUCAGUAGUCAACCUAAAUUGCAGACUCCAGUGACUUCGGGUUCUCUGACACCAAUUCUUCCUGCACCCAGCACAGCUACAGUAGUUGCUACUACUCAGGUGCCUAGUGGAAAUCCCCAGCCUACAAUAUCUUUACAAUCAUUACCAGUGAUUUUGCAUGUACCUGUUGCAGUAUCCUCCCAACCUCAACUCCUACAGAGCCAUCCUGGAACUUUAGUAACUAAUCAACCAUCUGGCAACGUUGAAUUCAUUUCUGUACAGAGCCCACCUACAGUGAGCAGUCUCACCAAAAAUCCAGUAUCCUUGCCAUCCUUGCCAAAUCCCACUAAACCAAACAACGUUACUUCUGUGCCCAGUUCUAGUAUUCAAAGGAACUCUCCUGCUAGUGCUGCACCAUUAGGAACAACACUUGCUGUACAGGCUGUUCCAACAGCACACUCUAUUGUACAAGCCACAAGGACUUCUUUACCCACAGUAGGCCCAUCAGGACUCUACAGUACAUCAAAUAAUCGUGGUCCUAUACAGAUGAAAAUUCCAAUUUCUGCUUUUAGUACUUCAUCUCCUGCAGAACAGAGCAGCACUACUACCCCAAGAAUUGAAAGCCAGACAAACAAAACAAUCGAUACUUCUGUUAAGAAAGCAGCUGAUAGCACAUCACAGAGUGGAAAAGCCACAGGAAGUGAUUCAAGUGGUGUCAUUGAUCUUACAAUGGAUGAUGAAGAGAGUGGAGCUUCACAAGACACUAAAAAGCUAACUCACACUCCUGUGUCAGCCAUGAAUUCUUCUCAGUCUGUGUCUCGACCGUUACAACCUAUCCAGCCAGCACCACCUCUUCAACCAUCUGGGGUGCCAACAAGUGGACCAUCUCAGACAACAAUACACUUACUACCUACAGCUCCAACCACUGUGAAUGUAACACAUCGUCCAGCAUCUCAGGUGACCACGAGACUUUCUGUACCAAGAGCUCCUGCAAACCAAGUGGUUUAUACAACUCUUCCUGCACCAACAGCUCAGGCUCCCCUGCGAGGGACUGUUAUGCAGGCUCCUGCUGUUCGGCAGGUCAAUCCCCAAAAUAGUGUCACAGUUCGAGUGCCUCAAGCAACUACAUAUGUUGUAAACAACGGAAUAGCCCUGGGAUCCCCAGGACCUCAGCUCACAGUGCAUCAUCGACCACCACAGGUGCACACUGAGCCUCCACGCCCUGUGCACCCAGCACCCUUACCAGAAGCCCCACAACCACCGCGCCUGCCCCCAGAAGCUGCCAGCACAUCUCUGCCUCAGAAGCCGCACUUGAAGUUAGCACGAGUUCAGAGUCAAAAUGGCAUUGUACUGUCAUGGAGUGUCCUGGAAGUGGAUCGAACCUGUGCCACUGUUGACAGCUACCAUCUCUAUGCUUACCACGAGGAACCCAGUGCCACUGUGCCCUCACAAUGGAAAAAGAUUGGAGAGGUAAAGGCACUUCCUUUGCCAAUGGCAUGCACUCUGACCCAGUUUGUAUCUGGCAGCAAAUACUACUUUGCCGUACGGGCCAAGGAUAUUUAUGGACGUUUUGGACCUUUCUGUGAUCCUCAGUCAACGGAUGUGAUCUCUUCUUCCCAGAGCAGUUAA